AUGGGCCGUGGAAAGAUCGAGAUCAAGAGGAUCGAGAACGCGACGAACCGGCAGGUCACCUUCUCCAAGCGCCGGGGAGGGUUGCUCAAGAAGGCCAACGAGCUCGCCGUGCUGUGCGACGCGCGCGUCGGGGUGGUCAUCUUCUCCAGCACCGGCAAGAUGUUCGAGUACUGCAGCCCUACCUGCAGCUUGAGGGAGCUCAUUGAGAAGUAUCAGGGCGCUACCAACAGCCACUUUGAGGAGAUAAACCACGAUCAGCAAAUAUUUGUGGAGAUGACACGGAUGAGGAACGAGAUGGACAAUCUGGAGACGGGCAUCAGGAGGUACACCGGCGACGACCUCUCCUCCCUCACCCUCGCCGACAUCAACGACCUCGAGCAGCAGCUCGAGUUCUCCGUCACCAAGGUCCGCGCAAGAAAGCAUCAGCUCCUGAACCAACAGCUUGACAACCUGCGUCGUAAGGAGCACAUCUUGGAAGACCAGAACAGCUUCCUGUGCCGCAUGAUCAACGAGAACCAGCAGGCGGUGGCCGGCGGCGACGUGAAGAUGGGGGAGAUGGCGCCGCUGGCGAUGCUGCCGGCGGCGGCCUUCGGGCAGGCCGCGUACUACGGCGAGGAGUCGUCGAGCACGGCGCUGCAGCUGCUGACGUCUGCGCCGCAGCAGCAGCUGCACGGCGGGUUCCGGCUGCAGCCGACGCAGCCGAACCUGCAGGACCCGGCGUGCGGCGGCCUCCAUGGCCACGGCCUGCAGCUGUGGUAA